AUGAUCCUCAAAUUUAGCACAGCCACAUGCACCUGCGGGUUCCCAGUUCUGAACCAAUCUACCAUGGCAGCAGCGACGGAAGCGGUUAUCGAGCCUCCCCGCAAAAAGUCGAGAAAAACACAAAAGAAUAAUGCAACGCCGGUACGAAGGCCGACGCUAUUCGCUCCAUUCCGGGCGCUGGGGAUCAUAACAAACCAUGUACCGUUCGCAAUGCAAGCUCGUUCAUACAAGGGAGACUCUGAGGGCCCUAAAUUGGUCAUACUUACAUGCUUAGGGAAAGCUUGGGCUCUGUGGGAAGGUGGAAGAAUGGGUCUUAUACUCGUUAGUCCGGAUGCUCCAAGUAACAUUACCGCCGUCGCACUUGAUGAAAAUUUUGUGUGGGCACUGGCUGGGACCUACGCAAUCAAGUAUACACGAGGGAAGGAAAUUGGGAGAGCAACCAAUCCAUUGGGUACAACACUUUCCUCCAUGCUGCUUUUUGGAUCCCAUUUACUCUGCCUUUCAUCCGACGGAGCACACGCAAUUGUAUGGGAUAAGAAUACAUUUGAGCUACAAGGAAAGCUAUCCUUCACAAAUGGCUUUACUGCAGCCCAUAUGCUUCACCCUGCCACAUACCUAAACAAGGUACUCUUUGCUAGUUCAGAUGGAAGUAUGCAACUUUGGAACAUUCGUACUGCCACCUGUCUUCACACUUUCCUCGCGACCAGUCUGAGUACAAUGACCAAUGGUUCACCAAUUACUGCACUCUGCCAGUCCCCUGCCGUUGAUGUGAUAGGUAUCGGGUUCGCAUCCGGGGAAUGCGUACUAUAUGACAUUCGUUCGGAUGAGAAAGUCAUGCGGGUGUUUAUGGAAGGCGCCAGCGUUCGCGCGAUUGCUUUUCGAACGGAUGGCCACCCCACACUCGCUACCGCCUCUGCGACAGGCCAUAUAGCAAUUUGGGACCUAAACGCACAGGGACGGCUUAUGCACAUUGUCAAAGGUGCACAUAACAGCAGUAUUUCGGCAGUACAGUGGAUUCCGGGGCAGCCAGUAAUGGUAACCUCUGGUGAUGAUAAUAGCUUGAAGCAAUGGUUGUUUGAGUCACCAGAUGAACCUCCCCGGCUAUUAAAAUACCGAGCAGGUCAUCACGCACCCCCUCAUUUGAUUCGAUACUAUGGCGAAGACGGCAAACAAAUUCUUACUGCAUCGAGAGAUCGCAGUCUUCGGUACACCUCUGUAGUCAGAGACUCACGCAGUUUUGAGUUGUCUCAAGGCUCACUCGAGCAAAAAGCUACAUCACUCGCAAUCCCUGUAUCUCAUCUCAAACUACCUGCGAUCACAGCUGUUGCAUAUUCUUCUACACGAUCCAAGGAUUGGGAAGACGUCCUGACAGCUCACACGGGCGAGACAUUUGCCCGAACCUGGAGCGUGCGCGAAAAGAAACUCGGUAAAUGGAGUAUGGGAGGAGCCGAGAAGGCGAAGGGUGUGAGUACGAAAGGAAAAGGCGUAGAUGUUUCUUUGGGUGCAAUCAAGGCUGUUUGUGUUUCUGCAUGUGGAAAUUUCGGGUUCAUUGGUACCACCCAAGGAGUCGUCCAGGCAUAUAAUAUGCAGAGUGGACUGAAACGUAGGACAUACACUAUUGGUAAAGGUCAAACGGUGACAGGCAUCGCGAGCGACACAUUGAAUAAAGUAUUGGUGGCGAGCACUCUCACUGGUUCUAUCCACUUCUUUGAUUUCCACACGACCGUCAAGCUGGACCAAGUCGAGCUUCCUUCAACGGCCGUCUCCAUUGAACUUCAGCGAGAUAGUGGAUUAUUAGCGGUUGUAUGCGAUGAUUUAAUCGUGCGCAUAUUAGAUAUCGAGACGCGAAAGGUUGUUCGUGAAUUAAAAGGGUUUGGGGCGCGGGUUUUGGACGUCAGCUUCUCAUAUGAUUCGCGAUGGCUCAGCGUAACAUCGCUGGAUAGUACGAUUCGAACUUUCGACAUUCCUACUGGUCGAUUGAUCGAUGCGUUUAAAACUCCGAGCGUCGCUACAAGUAUUACAUGGUCCCCAACCGGGGACUUUUUGGCCAGUGCGCAUGUAGAUAGCGUUGGAGUAUUUUUGUGGACCAACAAAGCACAAUAUAGUGAUGUAUCACUUCAAACUGUCACUGAGGAUGAAUUUACGACGCUGGAAUUGCCAACUAUGCAAGGAGAGGAUGAAUCCGAGGAUUUAGACCUGGGAGAGUUGGCAGAAUUAUCAUUGGCUGACACCUCCAAACGAUCACCCGGAAGGACUGAACAGCUCGAAGGGGAACUCGUGACGCUUACUGUAUUGCCCCGAUCAAAAUGGCAGACACUGCUCAAUCUCGAAGUAAUCCAGGCACGAAACAAACCGACCGAGGCACCAAGAGCUCCUGAGAAAGCUCCCUUCUUCCUUCCUACUGUUGCUGGUGUUGAUCAUAAAUUCGACACCAGCGUUGAGCAAACUAAAAAAUCCAAGGAAGAGAGCCGACGCAAGCAAUCUGGCACUGUGCGCAUCCAAACCGAAUUUCAAAGGCAAAUGUCCAAAGAAGAACGAGAAGGAGAUUACUCUGCAUUAUUCGCACUUGCUCAGUCCAUGUCUCCAGCUGCGCUCGACUUGGAAAUUCGUUCCCUUUCGGCGAUAGAUGACAUGGAACUCUUUAUGCAUGCACUCACACAGAGACUCAAGUCUCAUCGUGAUUUUGAGGCCGUCGAAACCUACCUCGCUGUUUUCCUUCGAAUACACAGUGAUAUCCUCACCGAACAUGACGAGCUCCGAUCAGCAAUGGAGGCCCUAGAUCGUGUUCACAAACAAGAGAGUCAACGGAUAUUAGAACUUGUAGAUGCCGGACUUGUCAUCGCGAUGCAUGUUUUGAGACGUGAUAUUGUUUGGUCAUGUUUGUAUUAUUGCAUGAGUGGAAACUGGACGUGGUCUAUACUUCACGACUACUGUGACGUUCAUGUCAUAAAAUCAUGUCAACAUGAACGAGGAAGGGGGCUGCUUGCUGUCGCGGGUGAGUCGCGUGUUGAGGUCCUGCUGCGCGACAGCUCGCAAAAAUUUCUGUCGUUAACCCCUAUUGCCUCGUUCCACGUUGGAGCAACUGCGAUUGCCUUGGACUGGUCACCUGAAGCGGUGUCUCCUACUUCGUCUGACAACUGGAACAUCGAGCUUGGGGUAGCAUGUGCAGACGGAAAUAUGCGAAUUCUUCGAAAAACACCCCAGAGUCCGCCCACGGGAGAAAUCCGAGUUUUCGGUGGUGGCACUACAGGGCACAGUGCACGGAUCUCAUCGCUUGCGUUCUCAUCAGCCCGUGAAGGAAUGCAUGUUGCUAGCGUCGGCGAAGACCGUAACCUUCUCAUCUGGAAUUUGUCCAAACGUAUCAAGACUGAGGAAGAGUCGGAUUCAAGUAUGGAUCUGGGAGACAAUAAACAAGACGUAGACCAAGCCCCGAGCGCGUAUCCAAUUGCAUUCUCGCACCCUUUGCAGGAUGUGAUAGCCCACGAUGCAAAUGCUCGUGUUUUGUUGGUUGCAGAUUCCAGAGGAACCGUGUCUUUGGUGGAUUGGGCGGGGGCGGAGGCUGACGAAGAUAUCCCAGAUGGCUGGUCUCGUCAGCGGGUUGUCGAGCUCAUGGACCCAAGGCGCGUUGCCGAGGGCAUCACCGGGGUGCGCACUUCGGGCGUCCCAAUGAAUUCAUCCCUGGGCGGAGGAGCGGAUUGGAAACCGGAUGACCCCAACAUAAUUGGCGCGACUUAUGGGUCCCGGUGGAUGAUAUGGGACUUACGGAGAGUACAAGGUGGUAAACCUGUCGCCGCAGGCGAAGGAUUCCUUUCUGGAGGGCACCGUUUCAGGUGGUGCCCAACGGAUGAAAACUUAUUCGCAGUUUCGACUACUUCGCCCGUUCCUGGGGCUGCAAUUAAAGUAUAUCACAUAUCUUUCCCUGGUGCCCCUCGAACCUACCAACUUUUUGGACGACCUCACCGCGUCCGAGACGUUGAUUGGCUCACUGAGCUACCCACCUCGUCCAACGCCCAAGCGGAAGAGCUGCAAACUAGAGUUCCAUCACCUCCUUGGUUGGCGGUAGCGGUUGGGCGGAAAGUGUAUUUUGUAAAUGCUCUGGAGGAGGCUGGGGCAAUUAACGAAUACGCGAUCUAG